GGGAGUAAUAAGAAACACAAAUUCCCAUUAAAAUAGAAGCCGAAAAGCAAAGCUUCCAAAUUCGCAUCAAUGGCCACCAACAGCUCCACUCCACGCGCUCGCCCUCAGUACUUCCCCCAUCACAUUCCUGACCCCUCCUACGUCCGCAUCCUGGACACCACCCUCCGCGACGGAGAGCAGUCGCCCGGCGCCACCAUGACCUCUCAGGAGAAGCUCCGCAUCGCGCGGCAGCUGGCCAACCUGGGCGUCGACGUCAUUCAGCCGGGCUUCCCCUCUGCCUCUGACGACGACUUCAUGGCCGUCAAAAUGAUCGCUCAAGAGGUCGGCAACACCGCCGGUCACGACGGACACGUCCCCGUCAUUGCUGGCUUCUGCAGGUUCGUCAAGCGUGGUCGCAUGUCUCGUCUCUCAGAUAACUAUUCAGAGCAUCGAUGUCACUCUUUUUGUUUUUCAGAUGUCAACAAUGCAUUCCUCAACGAUGAUUUGCAAGAAGAGAUUUCCAUUGAGCAAUCUCCCAGAAUUGUUGCUCAAGGGAGUCUUUCUGGGUUGAUAUUUCGUCUUCUAUGUUGUCUUCCAAAUCAUUCAAAACUUGGUGUCACUCAAGUGUAG